GAAUUAUUUUGAAUGCCCGUUUCCCCUUGUUGCCUGAGAUUUUUUUUUUUUUUUUGUUAUUUUUGUGGGGAAAGGAUGAAGGCACCUAAAAAUCGUUAUUGGCAGGUAGACUUUCGUUUGGUUUUUUUUUCUCGUUUCUUUUUUUUUUAUUGUUGAAUCAAAUAAAUAAAAAAAAAAAAGCAUUCAUUUUACAUUCACAGAAACAAUUUUAUCGCCAACUCCCUUCUCUCAGCUCUCGCAACUCUUUUUAAACAAGGAUGAUUCCUUCAACAGCUAUAAAACUUGUGCGUCACAAUGUGGCCAACAGAAUGAUGACUCGUUCCAUGCACGAUCUUUCGAUGAGACAGAAAACGGGUCAAGUCAUGAUUAAACAUGGUUUAGGUGGAAGAUCCACCACCAACGGACAUAUUGCUACGGUCUUUGGUUGCACUGGCUUUUUGGGCCGAUAUGUUGUUAACCGUCUUGCUAGACAAGGUACUCAAGUCGUGGUGCCUUAUCGUGAUCCUGAUGAAGCGAGACAUUUAAAAGUCACGGGUGACCUUGGACAGAUUAUUCCUUUGGAAUUUGAUUUAAGAAAUAAGGAACAACUGAGGGAAUGUGUUCGUCACUCUGACAUUGUUUACAACUUGGUUGGACGUGAUUAUGAGACAAAGAACUUUACUUUUGAUGCUGUUCACGUAGAUGGAGCACGUCAAAUUGCUGAAGCCUGUGCGGAAAAUGGAGUCGCUCGGUUUGUCCAGAUGUCAGCAUUGAAUGCUUCUGAGGACUCGACGUCGAGAUUCCUUCAGAGCAAGGCUUUGGGUGAAAGGGCGGUCAAGGAAGUCAUUCCUGAUGCUACCAUUGUUCGCCCUGGUAUUAUGUGGGGUCAUGAAGAUAGAUUUUUAAAUAGAAUUGGUACGGGCGAUGGCUGGGAAUUCUAUACGAAUGAAGGAAAUACCAAGAUCCGUCCUGUUUCUGCGGUUGAUGUUGCUCAUGGUCUCGAAGUGAUUUUUACAGCAGAAUCCAGCAUGGGCAAAACGUACGAAUUUUAUGGACCUAAAGAAUAUAAAGUCAAGGAAAUCUUUGACUUGGCACGUGAUAUUACGAUGAAACCCUUACCCAUACGUCAUAUUCCCAACUCACUAUUAAAAUACGGUGCUGGUUUGAUUGAAAAGCUUCCUUAUAAUCAAACCAUUAGUGCUGAUUUAAUUGAAAGACGAUCGAUGGAUGACAAGAUUUCAGCUGAUGCUUUUACAUUUGAGGAUCUAUAUAUUAAUCCCACUGAACUAGAACACGUUGCCAUUCAGUUUAUGAGAAGAUUCCGUAGCAACGCUGUGUUUGAUUUGCCUUACGAAAAAGGAGAAGGAAAAGUACAAAAAGGUGUAUAUCAUUUGAUCGAUUAGAGAAAGUUUUUUUUUUUUUUUCCCUUGGGUUUUUUA